AUGAUUGCACAACAGUCCCCUCCCGCCGUCCGGAAGGGCACCAAGAGUUGCACAGAGUGCAGGAGGCGCAAGGUUCGUUGUGUUCGAAUCCCCGAGGAUGCACCUACGUGUCGGCAAUGCGUCGAGCGCAACACUUCAUGUCUCGCACAGACAUCGAGUUCCCGACCGCGACAGGCGCAGCGCCUACCUUCGCGAUAUCGAAUUGCGCAGCUCGAAUCGCAAGUCCACCGUCUGACCAGAAUAGUCAGUGGUAUUGAAGUCAAACUCGGGGGCGACUCGUCGCUUAAUAUAGAGCAAGCCGUUGACCAGUCGCCUGCCUCGGAUGAUUCCGACGGAGAAUCCACCAACUCGGAAGGCUUGAUUGCCGAGGAGCCCGCCCACCUUCGCUCACUUUUCCAGAAUGACCUGAUCAGCCUUGACGCCCACCAAAAACAUGAGGAUCUUCUGGAGCGACGGGCAAAGGCCUCCGCUGCUUUGCGCGAAAGCGUGCGACCAGCUCUGCAGAAGUUGAUACCAUCCAAGCAAGAGACUGCGGAGAUGUUGGUCGUCACUUACGACUGGCUGCAAAUGAUAUCCACAAUGCUACCUCAGCCCUCCUCCCCCAGCUCACAACAAGCACUGCUUGAGCGCUACGAUGAGAUGUGUCAACCAGAAGUUGAUGUCGUUGCUCUAGCUUCUUGGCUCCUGGCGGUCGCUAUAACAGCCCAGCAGAUUCCCCAUGAAAACAACAACGCGCCGUCUCCAUCUCUAAGCUCUCAAAGGCGCAUGGCCUUUUCUCGCGCCGUAUCGGAUGCUGUUGAAAGUUUGGUACUUAGCCACGACCGUCUAGUGGGUACUAUUUCCGGCCUUGGGCUGGGUUUACACUUUGUUCGUCUCCUGAUGGGACGCGGAAAUCCGCAGAGAGGCUGGCUGAAAUUGCGGCACUUCAUUGCGCUCGCCGAGCUAAUGGGGUUACCCAAGGCCGCGCAAGCAGCACGACUAAGGAAAGCCAAUGGGACGCUCGAUGAAGAGACUGCAAAAAAGGCACAGCUAUGGGAGCUGAUGUGCACCAUUGAUCGAAUGGCGGGGAUGUUCCUCAACCUACCUCCAUACACGCGACGGUUCUCCCUAUUGGCGCCCCCGUCUAUCUUGGUGGAUGGUGUUGUGCAACCAUCCAUAUAUCUCAGCCGGAUCAUGGACAUCGCGCCCAAGACUUAUGAUCUCGAUGACUUGAGUGGGACACAAGGGUCGACGACAAAGCUGUACACAGCUGCUUUGGAAGUCGCCCGCGAAGCACGAGAACUGGCCGGCGAGGCUCCCAAAUCCUGGUGGAAAGUCGAUAUGGCCGAUGAUCUAAAACCAGACCACAUCGUUCAGUUUUUCCACUACUGUACGCUCAUGAAGGCGCAUCUUCCGAUUGCUCUGCGACAAGAGAAAAGUGAAGAAUACCUCUACAGUCGCCUGGCCUGCAUUGACGCGUGUGAGUCGGUUGCCCAGAGGUAUCAAUUCAUCCGCCGCAAACUUCCCUCUGGAUUCUUCACUCUCCGGAUGCUCGACCUUCAGGCCUUUACAGCAGUGGUGCUUCUGCUUCUUACCUCUCACACGUGCCCAUCCCCCGAUCGCCAUAGUUUUCAAAUCGAUAAAGCUCGCUUGGAAGGCGUAGUAAACCAAGUCCUCCAGCUCAUGGAAGAAAAGUCGAAGGAGGGUGCGGGCUCGGAUUUCGCACAACGCGGUGCUGAUACAAUUCGCUCUCUUCGGGAUCUCCUCCAACAGGAAGAACGCGGCGCCGGUCCCGUGAAGGAGCUGGCGGCCAAUGUGCCACUGAUCGGGAAAAUCCGCGUCCGUCGCAACGUACAAACAACGCAGACUUUCAAUACGCAGACCCAGGUACCAUCUCAUCCGGUCCACCAGUCUACUGGUUGGAAUCCCGAGCAGCAAGUGGUGCCUUUGUAUAAUCCCCAACUUGGCGCAGGCGUCUACAUGCAAGAUUCCAUGGUGGCUGCACCUGUAGGGCCUGAGUUUCAGUGGGACCACCUGUCGUGGUCGAUUGAGGACUCGAGUGAGAAUAUGUUUGAUGAUGCCAUCAUGACCGAUGGAUUUGACCAGGCCGCCAUGUGGCAGAACAUGUACCAAAACUUCCCUUUCAGUUAG